UACAACAAGCCCUCUGAUUGGUCAAUACCAAGAUUCUGGCGCGCCGUCUCCAAAUUGUACUUGUGAACGGGUACGGUUCUGUGAAUGUAAAUUGCAACCACACUGUUUCCAAUCGGAAAAAGAAGAGUUCCUUCUCUGUAAAUAAUUAUUAAUAUUUGGAUCGAGACUUCUCUUCGAAUAUGUUCAACAACCAAGGAGGUUUUGAUGGAUAUGGUAAUGACCAUGGUGGAAUGGGUGGAGGUGGAUUUAAUUCCCCAGGAGGAUUCAACACACCAGGAGGAUUUAACUCACCAGGAGUUGGAUCAUCACAGACUAAGGCAAAAAGAGCACAGAAGAUAAUACCCUGUAAUAUUGCACAGAUCAUGCAAGCAACACAGAAUGAAAAUGACUUCAAAAUUGGAGAUGUCGAAAUUCAUCAGGUGUGCAUUGUAGCAGUUAUUAGGAAGGCAGAGAUGUCCGCCACAAACAUUGUAUAUGAAGUUGAUGAUAUGUCAGGACCUGUCAUGGAGAUCAGGCAAUGGAUUGAUUCAGAUGAGUCGAGUAUGGAUCAGCAACCCACAGUUCAUGAAGAAAACACAUACAUCAAGGUGUCUGGUAAUGUCAGGGCAUUUGGUGGAAAACGAAGCAUCGGUCCUUUCAGAAUAGCACCCAUCUCAGACCUCAACCAAAUCACGAUGCACAUGGCGGAGGUUGUACAAGCACAUAUGUUGCUCAGCAAAAUGGCAAAUGCACAAAAUGGAAACAUCAGCGGGGGAAGCAUGAACCAGAACCAGUACAGAACACCGGUGAAAGGAGGGAUGAUGGGAGGGGAUAUGAUGGGAGGAGGAAUGAUGGCACCUAAUAAUGGUCUCAACAAUGUACAAACACAGAUUCACCAGUUGAUAACGAGUUGUCAUGACGAAGAAGGGAUCAGUAUGGAUUAUCUUUCCACGCAGCUCAAAGGAAUAUCAAGAGAUUCUAUCAGGAAAGCUGUUGAAUUUUUGAGCAGCGAGGGACACAUCUAUUCCACCAUUGACGACGAUCAUUUCAAGUCAACAGAGAGCUGAACUCCUCCCUAUUCCUGACCCCCACCCCUUCCCCACCUCUUCCCUACCCCUUCUAAACCCUUUCAACCCCAAAUGAUGAUGUAACACUGGAAGGAUGAAGCCACUCUACGGUAACAUGCAUAUGACAAGCCAUCUUACCAUCAUAUUUCUGAAUAUCAAGAAUUAAAACUCUUUCGAGAUAAAGAAAUAUGAUUGAGUAUCAAAACGGCUUGCCAUACAAAAUCGGUAUAUGCUGGGUAGAACGUCCAGGGUCCUAUAACCUUAAGGUCAGAGAUUAAUCGUACACUUGAUUUUCACAAUAAAUUGUACAUUGUAAUCAAUGCAAUCAAUCUAUAACAAGAUGUUCCAUGAUGAUUGGUGUUACCGCCCCAUAACCAUUUACAAGCUCUACCAUCAAGAUAUAGUUUGUUCUUCCUUAGUUGACUCCCGGGUUCUGUUAAUUCCUGUAGGCUUUUUACAAGGUUCACCUGGUUCCACUAGGCAAUAGAUUAACCCGAAGACUUCUAAAUUCUGUAAUUCCUGUAGGCUUUUUACAAGGUUCACCUGGUUCCACUAGGCAAUGGAUUAACCUGAAGACUUCUAAAUUCUGUAAUUCCUGUAGGCUUUUUACAAGGUUCACCUGGUUCCACUAGGCAAUGGAUUAACCUGAAGACUUCUAAAUUCUGUAAUUCCUGUAGGCUUUUUACAAGGUUCACCUGGUUCCACUAGGCAAUGGAUUAACCUGAAGACUUCUAAAUUCUGUAAUUCCUGUAGGCUUCGUACAAGGUUCACCUGGUUCCACUAGGCAAUGGAUUAACCUGAAGACUUCUAAAUUCUGUAAUUCCUAUAGACUUUGUACAUGGAAAACCUGGUUCCAGUAGGAAAUGGGUUAAGCUGAUGACUUCUAAAUUCUGUAAUUCCUAUAGACUUUGUACAUGGAAAACCUGGUUCCAGUAGGAAAUGGGUUAUUCUGUUAACUACUCAGUUCUGUAGUUCACUUUGGCUAUGUACAGGGACCAAGUAGGCAGUGGGUUAACCUGUUGACUAGUGAAUUCUGUAAUACUCACAGACUUUGUUCGGGGGCCAUGAGGGUCCAAGUUGGUAACAGAUAAAGAGUAUCAGAGGAAUUGCAGCUUUUUAGAGUACUCAAGUUUAACAUGUUUUUGCUCACAAAUUAUUAUAUCUGUGAUUGUAGAUAUGUAUUCCAACACACAUACAGAAUGUAUGCUUUCAGCAAAACAAUUUCCUGUUCCUGUACAAGUGGACUUUAUCUAAUCUUUUUGUAGCCUUUGUUGAAAACAUUGUUUUGAAAUAUUUGGGGGAAUGCUGUUACAUUUUGUUGUUGUUGCAAAUCUCCUGGUACAAAUAUUUAUAAUCUUUGUAAACAUUGGGAGAUUUUGUUACAGAGUGGUAUGUAAUAAAGAUAUUCAUUUUAGAAUGUCAUGAUUUUAAUGUGAUUGUGAUAAUCAUGAUUAUCAUUUCGCAGUUUUCAUAUGCUUUAAAGAUGUUUUUUAAAAUUUUCAUUAUUCUGCAAUUUAUAUCACCCUUUCGUGUCAUAAAGAGCCUUGAUGUCUAUGCUAAAUGAGUCUCCAGCUCUAAUCUACGGAUGCCUUGUUCAAGGAUUUCUUGUUGGUUACCAUCACUGUACUGUAUUAGACCGAGACAUCACUUCGGUAUCCUCUUUGAGGGAGAAAGACUACAAUUUUUAACAAAAUGUCUUCCGAUUCAUGUAUAAAUUACCCUUCAUGGUAGUUUGUUUUGUAUCAUCCAUAUUUUUUAAACAUGUUUUCAAAUUUCAUGUAAAUCCUCAGUUUGUCAUCCACCUGUGGAACUAAUGCUCACAAUGCAUGUGUAGCAUUUUGAUUGAAAGGAAAAUUGUCAUUGACUUAUAUAAUAGAUUAUUGAGAACUUAGAGAGAAGUUGCCUUUUUUCCAAACAAGCACAAAAUUUUUUAUAACAGCUUUAGAUUUGGGAUACUCCACAAUUUAAUGUGUAAUAAGUCCUUGAAAUGGACUCAACAGCGACAUUUUCUUUAUUCCUGGUCAUUAGGGGUCAGCGCUUGGUCUGCUGCUAGUCUGGUGAUGGUCAAUAUCACUAUGAUAGGGGUAUAAAGAUUACUUCUCAAAAUACAGGAAAGUACUCACAUGAUUUCAGCUUUACUUUGUAAAUAAUAUAACAAACAGUUUACAAACCAAUAAAGGUUCCAUUCCAAUAAUGAUAUGGUCAAUAAAGUUUGUACAUACAUGUAUAUCAAGUAAAAUAUGA